CGAUCUCGAACGCAACACGACCGGGGGCUGAACGCCGCGACACCCCUCUAAAUGUCCUCGUGACCGAUACUCGGACGGCUUUAAAAUAAAGCCACCCACAAUGUCUUCGAUUUCCGCGCAAGGAGUCGUUGAGAGGGCAUCCGCCGAACUCUCGAAACGCAUCAACGGAUUAAGGGGUAAUAAACAUCAUUCGAAAAGUAGCGUCAUGGAACGCGUCACCAAUGUCUUUUGCGGCGGAAGCAAUUCAGGAACUAUGGUCACCGCACCGGAAAAACCUUCGAGGCUCCUACCGAAAACGAAAUUACCAUCAUCGACCGUUCCCAAUCAGUUCGUCCAUCAUCAUCAUCACCAGCACCAUCAGGUUUAUAAAACAAAACCGAGACUGCCGCAGAACUAUUUGACGACGUUCGAUCAACUUUUAAUGGAUGAUAAGUUUUUGGUAAAAUUUUUCUUGUAUUUUACCGGUGGUGAACGGUGCGUGUUGGCGCGAGUUUGCACGCGAUGGAGAGACAUUCUUUAUAAAUAUCCAAAGUUUUGGAACGGCGUUGUACCGGUGAUACAAUGUAGAGAACUUAGGAUGGCUCAAAGUAACGAAAAAGUGCGGUUUUACUCGUCAAUAGUGCGUAGGGGUUUUCGAAAUUUAUGUUUAAGCGGAGCUUCAGAUGAGGACGCUUUAGAUUUGGUCAGUUCGUUUCCAAUGGCUUCGAAACACAUCUAUUCGUUAAGCUUGAGGUGUUCUAGUGUUACAGAUCGGGGACUCGAAACACUUUUAGAUCAUCUCCAGGCUUUAUAUGAAUUAGAAUUAGCUGGCUGCAAUGAAAUAACCGAAGCUGGUCUUUGGGCAUGUUUAAAUCAAAAAAUCAUCUCGUUGAGUCUUACAGACUGUAUAAACGUAGCUGACGAAGCUGUUGGAGCAGUUGCACAACUCCUACCAAGUUUAUACGAAUUUUCUUUGCAAGCUUAUCACGUCACUGACGCAGCUUUAGGUUAUUUCUCACCGAAACAAAGUAAUACGUUGAGCGUUUUACGUUUACAUUCUUGUUGGGAAUUAACCAACCAUGGAAUCGUAAAUAUUGUUCACUCGUUACCGAACUUAACUGUUUUGAGCUUAUCAGGUUGUAGUAAAAUCACCGACGACGGUGUCGAAUUAAUCGCCGAAAAUCUACAAAAAUUACGUUCCUUAGACCUGUCUUGGUGUCCUAGAAUAACCGAUGCAGCCCUAGAAUACAUCGCUUGCGAUCUGAAUCAAUUAGAAGAACUUACAUUAGACAGGUGUGUUCAUGUAACGGAUAUCGGUGUGGGUUACAUAUCUACAAUGUUGUCUCUUUCCGCUUUGUACCUACGCUGGUGUUCCCAAUUGAGAGAUUUUGGACUGCAACAUUUAUGUGGUAUGAGAAACCUUCAAAUAUUAUCAUUAGCAGGUUGUCCAUUGUUAACAUCGAGUGGUUUGUCAAGUUUAAUUCAAUUGAGGCACAUGCGUGAGUUAGAAUUGACGAAUUGUCCGGGUGCUUCAAGGGAAUUAUUCGAUUACCUGAAGGAACACUUGCCACGCUGCCUCAUCGUAGAGUAAAAACAAAUAAAUAAGUAAUAAUUUUAAAAAAGUGUAUCGAGCCAUCUCUUUUUCUCCAGUUGUUGUUAUUAUUAUUACGAAAAAAAUCUGAUACUCUAGAUUCGUGCAAUAAUUAAUAAAUGAAAAUUAUAUAUUUUAAUUGAAAAAAUGAUAUGCGUCGAGUAAUAAGCGUUUAAAUAAAGUUCGUUUUUUCCUACUUUUUUUACGAUUAACGUUUUGGAGGAUAUCAUUUAGAAAAUUAAGAAAUAAAUAAAUCACUAUACGCUUAUUUAUAUACCCACAGGUUCUUUUUAUUUUCUUGACAAGAUGAAAUGAAUUCAAAGUUAACGAAGAAAUUUGUUGGUGAGAAAUGAAGAACGAUCAACUUUUAACCCUGUGUGUAUUAUCACUAAAUAGUUACUUAAAACUAAAAAAAAUCAUUUGUGAUGUACAUAAAUAUUUAU